AAUCUUAUCUUUUUCACCCAUGAAGUGCCACGAUGGCGGCAGUUAUUUUUUUCGUCUUUAAAAUAACUGAAGAACGUCGUAACCCUAUGGUUAGAUUAUUUAAGCACUGUUCUGCCUUUGUAUUUUGAAAAACUGGAACGUAAUAGCACUAGAACACUAUUGCACUUGUAAAGUUUUCUCUCAAGAGAAAUAUUGCUUCUUCUUCCAAAGGUAGUGUUGUGAGUGAAAAACACAAAACACUAAAGUACUAAGUGUGAGCGAUAUUCACAUAAUAAUAUAUAUUGAUACAAUGGCUAGGACAUCACUAUUCGGACAAUCAGUCAGUCUCAACGCCCUUCGAUCAUAUAUUGCUGAGUUCAUCUCAACCUUCUUCUUUGUCUUCGUUGUUGUGGGCUCCACCAUGUCAUCACGGAAAUUGCUGCCAGAUGCUUCUUCUGAUCCAUCCAGUCUGGUGGUGGUUGCAAUUGCCAAUGCCUUUGGCUUGGGGGCUGCUGUGUUCAUGGCGGCCAAUAUCUCUGGCGGCCAUGUGAAUCCAGCAGUCACUUUUGGAAAGGCGGUUGGAGGUCACAUUAGUGUUCCAACCGCUCUUUUUUAUUGGAUUUCUCAAAUGUUGGCCUCUGUUUUUGCUUGUGUUGUUUUGAAAGUCACUAUUAUUGGACAGCAUAUUCCAACAUACUCAAUUGCUGAAGAAAUGACUGGGUUUGGAGCCUCAAUUAUGGAAGGUGUGGGUACAUUUACACUGGUCUACACUAUCUAUGCUGCGGGGGAUCCUAGACGAGGCCCAUUAGGUGCAGUUGGGCCUAUGGUGAUUGGGCUAUGUGCAGGAGCCAAUGUGUUGGCACUAGGCCCAUUUUCAGGAGGUUCAAUGAACCCAGCCUCUGCAUUUGGGUCAAGCGUGGUUGCUGGGACUUUCAAGAACCAAGCAGCGUACUGGAUUGGGCCCAUAUUGGGAGCCACGAUUGCUGGGCUUUUGUACGACAAUGUUGUGAACGCCAAUCAACCUACAGCAACGGCAGGAGGAUCAAUUGGAGUUGAGGUCUAAGGCAAGACUUCAAUUAAUGUAAUAGUUAUAUGUUGUUAUGAUAAUCAAUUAUUUGUAUGGUAGUUAAGAUCUAUGGGGACAUUAUCUAUGGCAGUAAUUGUAAUUUUAUGUAUUAAUAUCUGAUGAAAAAAAUUAACUCUUACUAAUUAAUAUAAUAUGAAAUUAUUUCACUUUUUUAAA